ACUGUGGCUGCCCUGCCUUCCUCCUGCACCUGCUGAAAGGUAGGAGAACCCCCUCCUCUUCACGCCAAGAUGGUGAGCCACCUGCCUCGCUCUGCUGACCUGGCCCGCUUCUGCCAAAAGCUCAACCGAGUGAAGACUCUGGAGGACGACAUGAUGGAGACGUCCUUCAACCGAUGCCUGACCACCGUGGACUUGGCCCUGCUGGGAAUCGGGGGCAUGGUGGGCUCCGGCUUGUACGUGCUGACGGGCACCGUCGCCAAGGAGACCGCGGGGCCAGCCAUCGUCAUCUCCUUCGUCAUCGCUGGCGUGGCCUCACUGCUGGCUGCCCUCUGCUACGCCGAGUUUGGGGCCCAUGUGCCCAAGACAGGCUCUGCGUACAUGUUCACCUACGUCUCCGUGGGUGAGAUCUGGGCCUUCCUGAUUGGCUGGAACGUCAUCCUGGAGUACAUGAUAGGCGGGGCUGCCGUGGCCAGGGCGUGGAGUGGCUACCUGGAUGCCAUCUUCGACCACAGGAUCAAGAACUUCACGGAGACCCACAUUGGCACCUGGCACGUCCCAUUCCUGGCCCAUUACCCGGACUUCUUGGCAUCCGGCAUUCUGCUCAUCGCCACCGCCUUCAUCUCCUUCGGCGCUCGGGUCUCCUCCUGGCUUAACCACGUCUUUUCUGCCGUGAGCAUGGGGGUCAUCGUCUUCAUCCUCGUGAUGGGAUUCAUUCUGGCCAGGCCCGAAAACUGGGCUGCCGGCGAAGGGGGCUUCGCCCCGUACGGCAUCUCCGGGAUCAUGGCUGGCUCAGCCACCUGCUUUUAUGCCUUCGUGGGCUUCGACGUGAUCGCCACUUGCAGCGAGGAGGCCAGGAACCCCCAGAGGGCCAUCCCCAGGGCCAUCGCCAUCGCGCUGAGCCUUGCCACGGGCGCCUAUAUCCUGGUGUCCAUGGUCCUGACGCUGAUGGUGCCCUGGCACUCUUUGGACCCCGACUCGGCCCUGGCUGACGCCUUUUACCGGCGAGGUUACGCCUGGGCGGGCUUCAUUGUGGCCGCUGGCUCCAUUUGCGCCAUGAAUACAGUUCUGCUCAGCAACCUCUUCUCUCUGCCCCGGAUUGUCUACGCCAUGGCGGAAGACGGGCUCUUCUUCCAGGUCUUCUCUCGCGUGCACCCCCGGACGCAGGUGCCCCUGGUGGCCAUCGUGGUGUUCGGCUUCCUCAUGUCUGUCCUGGCCCUCAUCUUUGACUUGGAGGCCCUGGUCCAGUUCUUGUCCAUCGGCACCCUCUUGGCCUACACCUUUGUGGCCGCCAGCGUCAUCAUCCUGCGCUUCCAGCGGGCCAAGACCAGGCCUCCCCCUCCGUCUGCCGAGAGCGAGGCCAUCCCAGCCUCUGCUGAGGGCUCCGCCGAGCCAAAGGAGUACGAAUCGUUUUCUGAUAAGCUGCAGCUGGUGGGCAAGGAGAAGGGCGAAAGCCAGCGGGAGCCUGGGCAGCUGAAGGCAGCGUUCGAGCCCUACCUAGACUUCCUCAGCGAUUUCUACCCUGGGGAAGUGGUCACGGUGGCCGUUAUCACCCUCAUGGUGUCUGCCCUCUGCUUGUCGUCCGUCUUGGUGUUUGGGAGGAACCAGCUGCACCUGCCCACCUGGAGCUACGCCUUGCUGGUCGUGCUCUUCAGCCUGGCCUUCGUAUUCAGCUUGUUCCUCAUCAGUGUCCACGAGCAACAGCAGAGCACCCAGACAUUCCAGUUACCGCUGGUGCCUUUGACGCCUGCCCUGAGCAUUCUCAUCAACGUCUGUCUCAUGCUGAAACUCAACUACAUGACCUGGCUGCGCUUCUCUGUCUGGCUGAUCGCAGGCUUGCUGGUCUACUUUGGCUACGGAAUUUGGCACAGCAAGGAGAACCUGCGGGAGUCCCAGGCGCACGCCGUCAGCGCCCGCUAUGUGGUCUUCCCAAGCGGCAGCCUCGAAGAGACGGUGCAGACCGUGCAACCCAGCUCUCUGCCCUCGCAGGGGCUGGAGGAAACCGUGGGAGAGGAAGCCCAGAGAUGAUCCGGG